GGGUUGUUGGGCGCGGGGGGGGGGGGGUUGGACACCGAACAGGCUAACACCCUUGUGUCUUCUCCCAGGGCCUGACGCUCGGACCAUGCCUCCCGGGAAGGCCGGCAGCAAGGAGACGUUGGUGCUGCAGUGCGAGUGGGCGAUGUGCACCUACCUGGCCUCCAAGAUGGAGGAGUUUUGCGAUCAUGUCUCGGAGCAUUUGCAGCUGCAUCUGAAUGGGGAUGAGAUGGACCCUCUUGAAGAAUACGUCUGUCUAUGGCAGGAAUGUGGCUUCUGCUCCCCAGAGAGCUCGGCAGACCUGGUCCGCCAUGUUUACUUCCACUGUUACCACACUAAGCUGAAGCAGUGGGGGCUACAGGCCUUGCAGAGCCAGUCAGAUGUGAGCCACUGUCAGCUGGAUUUCCAGAGCCGCAACAUCAUCCCUGAGAUCCAGGAAAACUUCUUGUGUCUGUGGGAGUACUGUGAGAGAUCUUUUGAUAACCCUGAAUGGUUCUACCGGCAUGUGGAGGAUCACAGCUUCUGUUCAGAAUACAAGGCAGCUGGGAAGGAGAACCAUGUGGUCUUUUGUGGCUGGAAAGAGUGCGACUGCACCUUCAAAGGGCGCUGUAAGCUGCGGGAACACCUGCGCAGCCACACGCAGGAGAAGGUAGUGGCCUGUCCUACUUGUGGCGGAAUGUUCUCCAACAACACCAAGUUCUUUGACCACAUCCGCCGGCAGACCGCACUGGAUCAGCAGAGGUUUCAGUGCUCCCACUGCUCCAAGAGGUUCGCUACCGAGCGGCUGCUGCGUGAUCACAUGAGGAACCACGUAAACCACUACAAGUGCCCCUUGUGUGACAUGACCUGCCCACUGCCCUCUUCCUUGCGCAACCACAUCCGCUUCCGGCACAGCGAGGAGCGGCCCUUCAAGUGCGACUACUGUGACUACAGCUGUAAAAAUCUUAUUGACUUGAGGAAGCACCUAGACACUCACAGCAAAGAGCCGGCCUAUCGCUGCGAGUUCGAGGCCUGCAGCUUCACGGCACGCUCCCUCUGCUCCAUCAAGCUGCACUACAGGAAAGUCCAUGAGGGGGACUCCGAACCCCGGUACAAGUGCCACAUCUGUGACAAGUGCUUCACACGGGGGAACAACCUCACCGUGCACCUGAGGAAGAAACACCAGUUCAAGUGGCCGUCUGGCCAUCCUCGCUUCAGGUACAAGGAACACGAGGACGGCUACAUGCGGCUGCAGCUAGUGCGCUAUGAAAGCGUGGAGCUGACUGAGCAGCUGCUGAAGGACCGGGAGAAGCAGGGCGAAUUGCUGGAUGGCACGACGGAGUGCGUAGUGCUGACAGAGGGGGAGGGCAACUUGCAGGGGAUCAUCCUGGAGCCCCCGGCAGAGGCCUCCCUGGAGGAAGCCAAUGACGCGGAGACAGAGGUGGCUCCGCUGCCGCCUCCCGUCUGUGCGGCUGCCAACCCUGACCCAGCUCUACAAAGCGCCUUCCCGAGAGCUGGGGCCCCGCCAGACGGAGAGGCCAGGGCCCCGCUCGGCCCCAUCAUCCGCGUGGUGAACAGGACCAACGAGCGCGGGGAGAACGAGACGGUCUACUACGUCAUGGCCAACGCGCCCUCGGAGGAGCAGGCGGCAGCUCCCAGUGGGCUGGCCGUGGAGUCGGAGGAGAACGUCAUGGACCGCCUACAGAAGACAGCUGAGGAGCUGGGGAUACAGAUUAUGUGAGAUGCUGGUGCUGCCUCCCUGCACUUUGGCUUUAGGAAAUACCAAUGUCUCGCCUGCUCGGGAGGGCGGGAUGGACCCAGGAGCGCUCUCCAGCACCCUGCCGGGGUCGCUCCACGUCCAUUACAGAAACUCGUUGAUUAUAGACCCAGUGGGAUUGGUGCUGCCUGCGGGAAGGUUCUGAGCACGUCCCUGCCUAGCCCCACCUGUCUCCCUUUGCCCUCUACUCUCCUGCCACUGCGCUGGGUGACCUGAUAAGGGGAAGGAGCAAACCAGCUGCUGAGGGAAACUUGGCAGCACAUGGUGGGAGAGAGGGACCCAUCUCCCUUCCGCCAGCCUGGGAGGGGAAGGUGGCCGUGGAUGCUGGGAGCAGACUUGGACUGGGAGGAAAAUGAGGUAUAGUCUCCCAGCACCAGCACCUUGUGACAUCACUACCAUCUAUCCAGCCCAUGGGGUGAGAUUUGGGUUGUGUCUCCCUCCCGCUGGCCCGGGGGCCAAGCUCCUGCUGCUGGGAGGCUCAGUGCUCAGUCCCGGGCCUCGCUGAGAGCCCCCUGCUCAGGCAGAAUCUCCACUUUGGAGUGGCGGGUGGAUCAGCCUCCUCAGAUCCUGUUUGGCCUUAAACAGGCUCAUUCAGUCCAGGAUCUUGUUGCCCUUGUGUGGACAAGAGGCCCGACCCAGUCUCGGCCGUGGGGGCAGUCUCCAUGCUGAAGCUCGCUCAGACAGAUCCCUUUUCAGUAUUUGCAUUGACACUGUCCCGUCACCAUGUUGAUCGGAGCAGGGGGCAGCCUCAGGGUCCACUUGUCCCUUUGCAGGUUGCUGCUUCUCCGUGCAUUGGUGAGGCGCUUGUGAGAGCUUGGGGGGCUGUUCACAGCACUCAGGGACCUCUGUGCUGCCUUCGUCCUCCCCUCGGGUUCUUGCCCAGGGCUUCCCCCACAUUGGGGUCUGGCCUCCUGGCUGUGCUAAGUUAAGUGCUUUUAUAAUAAACAAAAGUCCUGCCUGCCAG